CCGGGCUCCGCUGCAGCGUCAGCCUCGGUCGGGCCUCGGCGCCGGCUGCGGCUCGUGGGCCUCAGCCCCAGCGCCGCUUGGUGCCCGUGGGCCCUCGUCUGCAACGCCUCGGCCCUCGCUUCCUCGACGCCGGCCUAGCCCACGGCUUCAGCUCCCGGAUCCUGUCGGCGCCGCCCGCUCCCGGCCCGCCCCCUAUGGGCCCCGGCUAGAGGCGCCGCUGCCGCCGGCUCGCGGAGCCCCGAUGCUGGCCCGGAGGAAGCCGGUGCUGCCGGCGCUCACCAUCAACCCCGCCAUCGCCGAGGGCCCGUCCCCCACCAGCGAGGGCGCCUCCGAAGCAAACUUGGUGGACCUCCAGAAGAAGCUAGAGGAGCUAGAGCUUGAUGAGCAGCAGAAGAAGCGGCUAGAAGCCUUCCUCACCCAGAAGGCCAAGGUUGGGGAGCUCAAGGAUGAUGACUUCGAAAGGAUCUCAGAGCUGGGAGCCGGGAAUGGCGGGGUUGUCACCAAGGUCCAGCACAGACCUUCAGGCCUCAUCAUGGCAAGAAAGCUGAUUCACUUGGAGAUCAAGCCGGCCAUCCGGAACCAGAUCAUCCGUGAGCUGCAGGUGCUGCACGAGUGUAACUCCCCGUACAUCGUGGGCUUCUACGGGGCCUUCUACAGUGACGGGGAGAUUAGCAUCUGCAUGGAGCACAUGGACGGUGGCUCUCUGGACCAGGUAUUGAAAGAAGCCAAGAGAAUUCCAGAAGAGAUCCUGGGGAAGGUCAGCAUUGCGGUUCUCCGGGGCCUGGCAUAUCUCCGGGAAAAGCACCAAAUUAUGCACCGAGAUGUGAAACCAUCUAACAUCCUCGUCAACUCCCGAGGAGAGAUCAAGCUGUGUGAUUUUGGGGUGAGCGGGCAGCUCAUCGACUCCAUGGCUAACUCCUUCGUGGGAACGCGAUCCUACAUGUCUCCGGAGCGGUUGCAAGGCACUCACUACUCGGUGCAGUCGGACAUCUGGAGCAUGGGCCUGUCCCUGGUAGAGUUGUCCAUCGGAAGGUACCCCAUCCCCCCGCCGGAUACCAAGGAGCUGGAGGCCAUAUUUGGCCGGCCCAUGGUUGAUGGGGCAGAAGGAGAGCCUCACAGCAUCUCACCGCGCCCAAGACCCCCCGGACGCCCCAUCAGUGGUCAUGGGAUGGACAGCCGGCCAGCUAUGGCUAUCUUCGAACUGCUGGACUAUAUUGUGAAUGAGCCUCCUCCUAAGCUGCCCAGUGGUGUCUUCACCCAAGACUUCCAGGAGUUUGUGAAUAAAUGCCUCAUUAAGAACCCAGCCGAGCGAGCAGAUCUGAAGAUGCUCAUGAACCAUGGCUUCAUCAAACGGUCCGAGGUGGAAGAAGUGGAUUUUGCUGGCUGGUUGUGUAAAACGCUGCGUCUGAACCAGCCCAGCACGCCUACGCGUACUGCUGUGUGAUGGGUCCAGCAGGCGACCUGUCCGAGUCCCGUCUACUUGCCCUUCCCGCCCAGGACAGACUGGCUCCUCCCCUCCCUCUCCUGCCGAGCCUGGAGGAGACGACAUGCACAGGCACAGGCGGCACAUUCACUUCCUCUUCCACCUGUCCCGGCCGAGGGCCCUCUGCUCUCUGGGGAAGGGUGACACUGCCCAUGUUGUCUCUCAGAACCUGCUUACCUAGGUUUAAAAACACAAAACAAAACAGGGAAAGAAAAAGCAAACCAA